CCCCCACUCCCCAUUCCACCGCACAUACGUAACCGCAUUCGAGUCCACCCAAUCCCUCGCCACAUGCACCCAACUUUCCAUAAAGCCCGGCGACUAGCACGAGCCAACAUCCACGCGAAACUAUACCCACCAUCACCAUGCACACUAUACACUGAUGCCACACCCUACCCUCACGAACCUGCACACUGUGUAGCUGUUCUCGGCCAACAUCCACCACCAAACGUCACGGCGGCCACCAUCCUCACUACAAACACAACCACGGCGGAGGAAGCGGCCAUUGCCCUUGCGCUCGCCCAGAGCCCCACCCCCCAAUUCGUCCUAUCUGAUUCUCAGCAGGCCAUCCGCAAUUUUAUUCGCGGCAAUAUCUCCCCCAUGGCCUUCCAAAUUCUCACCAACAACCCUCCAUCCGACACCGUGACCCUGCUGUGGACACCAGCCCACACAGGCGUAGGCGCUAAUGAGAUGGUGCACGAUCGUGCUCGCGAACUUAUUGACCGAGCCGCCAUUUCAGCUGCGCCUACACGCGAUGUCCCUGCAGGCAAGCCUACCUCCCUCCUGCAGUACAGGGAUAUUACCCUACACUACCGCCUCCUCCGCCGCCAAUACCCACCUCCGCACCCCCACCUCUCCCAAGAGGGAGCACACAUGCUGCGCCUCUUACAAACACACACUUUCCCCCACCGAACACAACUAAUACACACUCACCCACACCUCUUUACCAGCCCCACCUGUCCUGCCUGCGGGGCAUUCGACACUCAUUACCAUUCCCUUUGCGAAUGCCCCGCAGACCCAUACCCCCCUCUUCCCUCCCCUCACCUCUGGGAGCAGAUGUUGCGCGACCCGGAGGAGUCAGCGUAA